GAAUAUCCUACUUCCGGUACAGGUUGUGUUUUGUUUUAUAAACAACCAACUUGAAGUGUGUUAGUGUUUUAGUGUUAGUAUUGAUAUAUUAACACGUACUACAUGAAGUAUUGAAAUCAGUAAAAUUUGAUUAUGGAAUCGAUUCUUGAACAACAGCGCCGCAAUCAUGAAGAAAGGGAGAGGUUAAUGGAAGCAAUGACCAGUGAAAUGCUUCUACAAAAGAAAACCGUAUGAUAAAUUUAUUUUUAACAAACUCGUUCUCGUAUGUGCGUCAGUGUGUCGUUUGAAAUGGACUAUAUAGGUACUUUAAUACAAAAUUUAAAAAAAUUGAAAUAAUUUUUUUAAUAACAGUUAGUUAGAGCAAAUUUCAAAUUAAAAAAAUGAAACCAGAAUCAACUUUCUAGCUUAAGUACUUUUUGAGCUACGAAUUUUUUAAGUGUGAGUUUGUUUGGUAUUUUUUACUAUGGACUAGGUACUUGAAUACAAAAUUUAAAAAAAAAUUGAAAUAUUUUUUUUAAUAACACAGUUAGUUAGAGCAAAUUUCAAAUAAAAAAAUGAAACCAGAAUCAACGUUUUAGCUUAAGUACUUUUUGAGCUACGAAUUUUUAAAGUGUGAGUUCGUUUGGUAUUUUUUACUAUGGAUGAAACCUCCACAUCUUGUGACCUCAUUCCACUAAUCGCGUCAUGCGCAAUGACUAUAUACUUUAUAUAAGGCAACGCAUCGCCUUAUCACUAAAAUACUGUUGGGGUCGACUUAGUUUAAACUUUCAACUUUGGCACAUGAAUAAUUAAUUAAAGCUUUCCCUCACCAUUGGCCAAUGGUAUAAUAGUUUUUGCACACGGCAAACUCUUAUGAAUGAAACUCUGAGGUAGUACUACGAUACAGCCAUUAUGCAAGUGGCUAUGAAUGGUUGCCAAUGACAAUGUGUUGCACACUGUAAAUUCUGAUCAUUUAUAAUAUGGACUCCACCAGGUUUUUAAAGCUCAAACUAAUACAUUCCAGUUUAAAUGUCUUCAAAAUGCAUUCUGAAACACAAGUUAUCAAAUAUUUUGAUGUAAAUAGUGGUAAUAAAUUAAUAUUUCCUAAGUAUCUGCAACUUCCGCCAUUAAAAAAGGGGCGUGGCCCACCCCAUGGCGAAAUUAGGUUGAGCGAACUACAUGACCUGCUGCGAACCCGUAGAAACAUGGCGUCUCUCGUAAGUAACAUAUCGCUGUGAAAAUUGGCAUACAUUCAGAUCAAUACAUUCCCCAGAUGCAAAAAAAAAUUUGGUAGGGGCAAAUCUUUUACUUCGACUUAAUUUUAAUGAUGAAAGUUGCCUUAUAUUUACCAAGGAUUUUCUCAAAGCUGACUGAUUGUAAAUGAAAAAGAAAUUGAUUAAAAUGUAGGCCAAGAUGUCUAUCAAAAUAUAAGGCCGGAAAUGGAAAUAUGUCGAAAGUACUCAUUUAAUAAUAAAUCGACACACAAAUCGGAAAAUUAAAAACUCUGAUUUUUCGGCGCCGAUUGCCACUUCCGAUACACAAAAAGUACUAGUCUCCCUUGAUUUACCGAAGUAUCUAGACUAUGUAUGGAGCAUAUCUGCAUGCUUUUUUUUUUUACUUCUUAAAUUUAAACAAAGUGAAAAUGAAAUGGCCACUUUGCUUGUCCAUUAAUUUUUUAUUUAUCAGUAAUCACCCCGAAUUCAGUAAAUUUUGGAUUGCCAAGUGUUGUCUCACUUUAAAAUCUAAUACCAAUAUAAAUUGAUGUCAGGGCUUACCGAUGUCACUUUGGCUUGGGUAAUUGCAAUACUUAAAGUUAAAGUGAACAAACUAACUGUUGGACCUGAACGUUGUGUGCAAUAAAGUUCCCGUUCAUCACUGAGCAUUACUCGCGUCUUAAACUAAAUCUGACGACGAAUGCUACAGUUCAGACAUUAAAGUAAAUCAAAAUGAAGUUUUCCAUUAAUUUUUAUUAAAAUUCAACUUACAAGUUUCAAAAGAAAUGAAACAAGAAACACAUCUUUGCUGAUACCCCAAGAUGGAACGCCAGUGUAAAAAAAGACACUCACUGGAAGUGCUGUCUUUUGAUCAUUUGAAAAUCAAAGAACAUGUAUUAAUUUAAAUAAUUAAGAAAACUAUAGACCUGUUUCUAACUUAUCAUUCCUAUUUAAAGUCAUUGAAAAACUAGUUCUAAAGCAACUUUUUGCUUACUUAAGCGACCACGCUCUUCUCAGACCUAAUCAUUCGGCCUAUAGACCUUUCCAUAGCACUGAGACAGCUCUCUUGAGAGUCACCAAUGAUCUCUUACUCGCAUUGGACAGUAGUGAUAUCUCCAUCCUGAACCUCUUAGACCUCAGUGUGGCCUUUGACACUGUUGACCAUGCAACCCUUUACACAACCUUUGAAAAUUACUUUGGAAUUUCGGGAUCAGUUUUGGCUUGGUUUAGGUCCUACCUCAUCGAUAAAAUGCAGGCGGUCGCUGUCAACGGCUGUCACCAGUGCUGACUUGGUGUACGGAGUGCCACAGGGGUCUGUUUUGGGCCUGGUUCUAUUCACAAUGUAUACCAGGCCACUGCUCCUCUUGCGCGGGAGGCUUGCUGUGGAAAGUCAGUCAUUUGCAGAUGACACGCAGCUAUACAAGCAUACCCAUCCCUCUCUUGUCGAUAUUGCUGUCUGGACUUUGCGGGAGAGCAUUGGUGAUGUCAAGACAUGGAUGACACUCAGCAAGUUAAAGCUUAAUGAUUACAAAACGGAAGCACUUGUUAUUCACGAUCACAAAUCAUCCUCUAACUCAGCUCUCCUCACUUCAUUUCAUGUAGGUAACACCGACAUACAGUUUACAUUCUCCGCUAGGAAUCUUGGUUAUAUUCUGUCUAACAACAUGUCUUUCGAUAAUCAUAUUUUUCACAUUUGUCGCUCUGCAUACACCGCAAUUCGUCAGAUCAGCUCCAUCCUCCAAUACCUCACAGUUAGUGCAACAAAAAUCCUAGUCUGUGCUCUAGUUCUCUCUUGUCUUGACUAUUGUAACUCUCUUCUAUCAGGUUCACCAAAACACUUCUUAGAAAAAUUACAAAACGUUCAAAACUCAGCUGCUAGGCUAAGUCUAAAGGCAAACAAACGUGAUCACGUCACACCAUUACUUCAUUCACUUCAAGUUCAGAUUGACUACAAACUCUCUGUUCUGUGACACAACAUUUUCUCGGAUUCCUCCCCUUCCUAUCUAACCGUACUUCUCUCUGUCUAUUCACCCCUUCUACAGCUUCACUACUCCACAGUCGCCCGCAUUCUUUCUGUCCCUAAGACUCGCACAAAAACAUACGAUGAAUGAUUGUUCUCUUUCUGUGCCCCCAAACAAUGGAAUUCUCUUUCCACUACACAUUCGCAAUAUACAGACCAUCACAGCCUUCAAACUGCACUCAAAACACAUCUCUUCAAGCUCUACUAUCCUGGCUGAUGCCCCCCUCUGAUUGAUAAAUGAUGCUGCUGGGUAGCCAUCCAUGGCUUGACAUGUAAAUAGUUCUUGAAUGUGUGGAGUGAAUACAUUUGUUUUGUUUUAUUUAAUUAAUGUAUGUGAAUUUUUACGUUCAUGAUUAUAUUUGUUAAAUUGUAUGUACAGUGUGUUGAGCCCAGCCCUAGGCUGGGGUACCGCGCUAUAUAAAACCAACACUAAUAUAAGUUUAUAAAUUAAUAAGCAAAGGGAAAGAUGUUAACAUUAAGCCUUGAGGGUUAGGCCUCUGACUGCUAGGCUUAAUGUGUUUGUUUAAUCAAAAUGGGAUAUAGAACCUAGCUUUUUUUGCCUUUACAAUUAUUACAGAUUUUAUAUUUUAAAAUUUUAAAAAACUUUUUGCUGUUUCUAUCUUAACUUUAUCUCCAUUAAGCUUUGUAAGUCUUAAAGAUUAGAAAUUACAUUAUGUAAUUAAAGUGGCAUAUAAAUUAUACUUAGCAAUUUAUUGUUAGUCCAAUUUUAUCCCACUUGGAAUAGUUAUUAGAUUAGAUGGUAUGGUGUUGUUUUUUUUGCUUGAUGAAUAAAAAAUUUCAAGAUUUAAAGUAUGUUGAAUUUAUGUACAAGUUUGUGUUUGUUUUUUUAUAGUCAUAAACAUAUACUUGAUGUAACAAGGAAAUUAUAUUUUGUAAAUAAUUUUCUUCACAGCAAAGAGAGCAAAUAAAUUCUGAUCACAGACUCAAAAUUCUUCAUGAUGUAAGUUUGAUUGAUAUUAAUUUAAAAACAAAUAUUUUUAGGGAAUGGGCUACAUGAUUUUAUAUAAAGUUUAUUUUUAAUGAUUAUUAUUCUUCCUUUCAAAUGAAAGUUAAAUGAUAUAAUUCAAAAAGUAAAUGUUUGGGCAUGUGUUUGUAUAUGCUUACGCUUCAAGGGCAUAUAAAUGUAAAUUUAGUUUAAAGAGUUCCUUAUGUUUAUUGACCUCUUUUGGCAAUAUUCUCAUAAUGUAAAAUAUUUAUUAUUAUGUAGAUAUUUAGAUACACAAUAUUUAACUCAUUUUUUCAGAGAUUUUUAGAGACAACAAGGGAACUAAAAGAGCUUUAUGAAGAUAAAGAUGGGUAGGUUGUGAUUUGAAUAUGAAUGGAUACAAUUAUUGUAGUAAAAUGUAAUUUACAUUAUUCACCGACAUCUAAAAUGAAAACACAUCAUAAUAGACAAUAACUUUCAUAAAUAAAUGUUCAUUCAUGGUUUUUUUUUUUUGUUUGUUUUUUUCAUUUGCUUAAUAAUGAUAUAGUAAAUUCUAUCUUCUUAGUGUUAGAAAGGAAGAAAUUCAAACUUUAGCUGGUCCCAAUGAGUAUGCAGAAUUCAAGAAAAGAUUGAAUGCUAUAGAAAAUUUCUAUCGCCAACAUCCCAACGAGGUGAAAGAAAAAUUUCUGAUGACUUAGCUUGUAGACAAAACAUAUCUGUUGGUUAACUGUUUAAUUUUUAUUAUUCAUUAAAAUUGAGAUUAAAAAGAUAAAUUUUUGCCCAGAUAAAGAGACAAGAAUUAACUUUGAAAAAACUGAGUUGUCAUCUAUACCUUAGUUGUUGUUGGUAAAUUGAAUCUAACUUGAGACUAUUCAAUCUAAAAUUUAUUUCAGGUCAGCAUACCUAUGUCCAUAGAAUUUGAUGAAUUGGCAAAGCAGAGAGAGAACCCGCCGGAUGAAGCACAGAGUAAGUUCUCAGAUUGUCUACCAUAUCUUCCAUUUAAUGCAUAUUGGCUGUGUUGCUUAGGGUUGAAAUGGGUAGAAAGACUUUGACUUGGUAUGCUUGUAAUUAGUUUUUGUAGUGUUGCGUUUGUUUUAAAUGUGGUAAAUUAUAUUACUUUGUACCACGCUUCGAGCCUUUGGGGAUGAAGCGUGUUUUUGAAAUAAACUUUAUUAUUAUUAUUAUAAUAUGCUACAUAUGUAAUCAUAUCUAAUGCAUUGGUAAAUGUUUAUUUCUUGAUAGAAAUCUAUAACAAAAUCUCUUUAAGAAAUCAUACGCAAAUUUUGUUUUGCGCCAAGGUCCCUUAGACAUUUUAAGAUUAAUUAAUUAAUUAAUUUCAUUCUUGAUAAUGCUUAUGGCAUCAAAUGCAAUGGCAAACUGACAUAAAUAUACCUUAAAGUAAUCAACUGCUUAAUCUGUUCAUCUAAGGUCAUUUUUACCUUUUUCUUUCCGUUUGUGAUUUGAUUCGCUCUGUUGAUUUACAAACUUUUCUUCUGUUGAUUACAUUAAAAAGAAGAUUUUUGAUUACAGAUUUGGUUGAUUUUACUGAUGAGGAAGGCUAUGGUAAAUACCUGGACUUACACAAAUGUUAUGAGCAGUUUCUGAAUCUUAAAGGCGUAGAAGUAAGUCUAAAACUCCAAUUGGUUUCUGCACAAUAAGAACGAUUUUAUUGGAGUAGAAGCAAUUUUAUUAAAUAUAAUUAAAUAUUCAUGAUACGACAAUAAUUACAAAUUGUACCUCUAAGAAUAAAGUGGUUCUUUUAUCAGUCUAUGCUAUUGAAUGCCUAUGGUAGCAAAUUAUUUUUAUUUCUGCUGAUAACUUACUUGAAAUUAUGACAGCUUUAGACUGUUAUAUAUUUUAAAUAUAUAUAAUUAUAUAUAUUUCAUAUAUCAUGUGCACCACCCAGAUUAAGUUUGAAACUUUAAUAUAAAAAAAAAUACAACAACAUUCUUUUAUUAACUGGUAUUUUUAUUCCUCAGAAACUUGACUACAUAACUUAUCUGUCAACGUUUGAUCACCUAUUUGACAUACCCAAAGAUAGGAAGAAUGCUGCAUACAGAGAGUAAGUAACUUUUGUUGCUGGCAUCAAAUGUGAUUAACAAAAUAAUGGAACAAGAUAUGUUUAGGCUUGAAAAGAAAAGGCGGGACAGUUAAACAGACAUUUUGUGAUAGGGUGGAGAAUAAUUACAAGUGAAGGGGACAGAAUGAUCAUAAUUUUUAUUUUAUGACCAAUUUUAUUGAGCAAUGUAUGCAUUUUAUAAACUGAUGAACUUUUUUCAUUAUUCUAAUUUCCAUUCAAUUUUAACAGUUAACUAGGUCAAUCUUAGCUUUGGAUCUCAACAUAGUCUUUGUGGAAUAAUUGUGUUAUACAAAAACUAAUAAUCUAAUAAAAUUGUGUCACAAACAUUUAAUUUAUUUAUUUCUUUAGAUCUCCCUUAAAAAAAAUGUUUACAAAAUAUUAUUUUGGAGAAAAUUUGACCUAGCUUAUUAAUUGGACAGCAGCUGAAAGUCCAAGCAUGGAAAAGAAAGGCAUUAGUUAGGGCUGAGUGGAAGGAAGUGGUGAGGCAGGCCAAAGCCCUACAUGGCUGUAGCGCCACAGGGAUGGAUUAUUAAUUGGAAUUUUAAAAAUAAAACUGAAAUUUCCUUCUUUAAAAAGUUGAAAACGGUUGUGCGUAUAUUUCAGUUAUUUGGUGUUCUUGUUGGAUUACCUUGGAGAGUACAUGUCUAAAAUAAAGCCACUUACAGAUCUCAGUGAGGUGAGUGGUUUUAAUAUUCCUACUCAAAUUAUCUCAAUACCAUAAUAAAAUUGCUAUUUAUUUCAGGCAUUGACUUCGUGGAGUUUAAGACCUGCGUUUUUUUUUUAGAAAAUCUCCUCUUUUAUCCUGAAAUUAUUUGAGGGAAUGCUUGUCUAUUGUUUGAUAUACAUUGCCCAGUACGGUAUAAAUGAUGUAAAAGAAAUAAAUGAAUGCGGCAAUCUACCAUGACUCUGAUCACAACAGUUACCGUCUUAUGUCAUGUGUGCUUCUCAAACAUAUUCACUUUUAAAGGAAACAACAAGUGUAAUAUGUCAAUAUGUUUAUUUGCAAAAGUGAAAUAUAUUUCAAGAUAGAUAAGAUUUAAAUGACCUGUUUCUUUCCUCUGGUUUUGUCUUAACCUUUUAAAAAUAUCUCCCACCACUUGAUUAUUUAAUUAUGGAGUCCAAAUUCCAUUGAUUUACUUCAGGAAAUCGAGCACGUCCAAGCUGAAUUUGAAAGGAUGUGGGUCGAUGGAUUGUUCCCUGGCUGGCCUGUGAGUUCCAUUUUUGGAUUUGCCUGAAUAUAUUUUAAAAACUAUAACUCAUGUUUCUUAUCAUAGCAUUGGUGAAAAUUUUCUAAAUUAAAAUAAAUAAGUUCAGACAAAGCUUGCUAUUUCACAAUUCACUCUUCUUUCCUUCUCAUUUGCCUCACAUAAAGGCUAGUUUGACUAAAUUAUGUUUGGCUCUCUAUGGUAACAUCAUCCACAGUCACCUAAGGUUGCAAUGAUUUACUUUUUCAGAAAGAAGCAUCUGGUGCUCUCACCCACUCUGGUGCUCAUCUUGACCUCUCUGCAUUUUCCUCAUGGGAGGUAAGAUUUUUAAAAGAAACUCUAGUUAAAAAUAUUUUUUAAAUUAAAACAAAAUUUAGCGUUUUCUUUGAUAUUUUGAAUCUUUAAAAAAAAAUAAUAAAAUAAAAAAUGAUACAAUGAAAAUAUGCUCUUCUCUUGUCUGUUCCACUUGGAACAUUUUACAAAAGGUGUUAAAAAAAUAUUUUUUAAUGACAAAAUAAAUUAAAUAAAAAAAUAUUUUUUAAUGACAAAAUAAAUUAAAUAAAAAAAUAUUUUUUAAUGACAAAAUAAAUUAAAUACCGUAAUUAAAAAUAGUAUAUCUUUGGCAGGUGUAGUAAAUUACAUUAUGCUUACCACUUUCUGUAAAGUCAUAGACUUUGAAGGUAUACACUUAUAUAAUAUUUAAAUCUCUUUCAUUUAAGGAGCUUGCAUCUUUAGGGUUGGAUAGGUUAAAGUCUGCCCUAAUGGCACUCGGAGUUAAAUGUGGAGGGUGAGUAUAAUCAUAGAUCUUUUGCUAAAACAGAUAUUAAAUAUGGAUGGACUGUAGAGAAAAAUCUACUUCAAGUUAAAAUAAAUUGAAAAAUAAAAAUAAAGCUGAUGAAAGUGAAUUCUGACCUGAUAGUUCAGUUUUUUUGGUUAACUUCAUUCAGUUCAGUGAAAAACAAAUAGUUAAAUAAGUGAAAAACAAAUAGUUAAAUAUUCUUAUUUGCCUUUUUAACUCCCGGUGGAGCAUAGGCUAUUAAUAAUUUCUGUCGAAGCCUUCCAGUCUCUUAGCUAUCCUCUCUAACUCUUUCCUGUUUUUGUAACAUCUUUGUCAACAUCUCUUCUCCCAAUGUUUUUGGGUUUUCUUGGCAGUGGCGCAGGUAGUGUUGGUUCCAACGGGGGGUGGGCCAAACAUUCUGCCACCCCACCUCCCAUAAAAAACUCUGCAGUUGGCAGAAAAUGCCGCCCCUCAAUAUAAAGAAAAAUGUGCCACCCGGCCCCCGCACAUCUCUUUUUACGCCACUGCUUCCUCGUCCUCUUGUUUCUUGGGUAUUCCUUACCAGUGCUUGUUUUGGUAUAUUUGGCAUGGUUUUUCUCAUGGUACCGGUAUGACCUAUCCAUCUCCACCUUAUUGUUAAACAUACUUGACAUUAAUUAUUUUGCAGUACAUUGGAGCAGAGAGCUCAGCGUCUAUUUAGUACAAAAGGCAAGAGUUUGGAUGAGCUAGAUCCAGCUUUGUUUGCCAAAUCCAAACCUGGAAAAGCUGGAAAAGUUGGAAAGACCAAGUUAGUCCCUUGAAUGAAAAUGAUAAUUAAAAUAAUAUAUGUUUACAUGUAUUAAAAAUUAAAAUAUUUAACAGUAAGUUUCAUAUAACUCUUGAAUCACUAGCUCAGCAGUGAUAUCAAAAUCCUUUCUGCUUAACAGUAUAAUAUAUUUGUAAAUGGAAAGUAAACAUUCUCUAAAAAAAAUAAUUUUUUUUAGAGAUUCUGAGAAACAAAAAGAAAUUGCCCAGCUAGAGGCCCAGGUUUACCGACUGACAGAGAUGCUUAGUGAUCAGAGGUUGGCCACUCGUGACAAUGUCCAACGGAAGCAAGCCCAAACAGGGGAGGAGAGAGAAGAGUCAGAUGAGGAAAAGUUCGAAGAGUCUGACUCUGAUGAUGACGGUGAUGAGGCACCCUAUAAUCCAAAAGAUCUCCCACUUGGAUGGGAUGGAAAGGUUAGGGGAAUAUGUUCAGUCAUUUUUAUCCAAUGAAAUGUGCUGCUUUCUAGAGAGAAUAAGAGCAGAGGAGCAAACUUCUCUGUGCGGACGUCUUGACUGACUCCUCAACUGAUUGAAAAGACAGAACCUCUUUGAGUGUUGGAAAAAACUCUAUGUAUAGACCAACCCAUGCAAUUAAUUCAAGAGGCUUCCUUAAAGGCAUUGAACUUCCAAGACAAAAUCAUAUGGGUUGAAAGCACACAAAUCACAGUCACAGCAGUCUUGGAAAUUUCUCAUGCCACCUUAUAAAAAAAAAACAAAAGCACUGAUGAGAUUUCUUAUCUGCUAAGUUGUAAAUUUCUGACACAUUACCGUUCAAAAAUUAGUUUUAAACAUUAUAAAUUUGUUUUAACAUAAAAACAACUAAAUUUUCCUAAAUUUAAAUUCAAUUCCAUUAAAUUUCAGCCCAUUCCUUACUGGCUGUACAAACUUCAUGGUCUUAACCUGACCUACACCUGUGAAAUAUGUGGUAAUCACCCGUACAGAGGACCCAAAGCUUUCCAAAGACAUUUUGCUGUAAGUUGUCUAAUACUAUCAACUUCUAUGGUGGAGAAAAAAAUAGAAGAAAUGUGUUAUGAAUAUGUAUAAACAUGUAAAUGAUUAUAUUUCUCUAGAAGAUUUUUAAACAUUACAUUAUGGACUUAGUGUUAACUGAAUUAAGUAAGAUAUGCCCAGAGAAGCGCUCAAGUUAAUUUGUAUCUUUAAGGCAGGAGGUAUAUGCAAAAAAAUAAUAUUUCAAAGACAAAUAGACAAGCAAGAAAUGGUUUGGUUUGUUUAUUUACAUAUGCAGCUAACUUUUUCAUGACAUAUUUAAUUGUUGCAUGAGGUUAAAUUUUGUUUUGCUUGAUCAAAUCCAUGAUUAAGGUAAAGUACAGAGUUAAAAUUUUAAUGUGAUAAAAUAAAUAAUCUGAUGUUAGCCAUUCAGAACUUGGAUAUCUCUAUUUCAUUUCCCAGGAAUCUAGGCAUGCAUUAGGUAUGAGGUGUCUGGGUAUUCCCAAUACUGCUCACUUUGCAAAUGUGACUUCUAUUGAGGAUGCUUUAGCAUGUAAGUAAUCAAUCGUGACAACAGUACAGGCCAGUACAGGCUGGUGGUUUUUAACUGAUGUCUUUAUUUUAUUGAGUUAAAAAUAUAUUGACCUGUUUUUUUGUUGUUGUUUUUUAAAUUAAUCCUGUAAAUUAUGCUUUUUAAUGAUGAAUAAAUAAUAACUAGGUUAAAUGUUUGUGUUUAAGUGUGGACCAGGAUCAAGUCUGGAAAGGAAGCAGAAAGAUGGAAGGCAGACACAGAGGUAAAAAUUUGUCAAAUUACAGGAUGCUUUAAAAAUCCUAUCCUAUUUACUUUAUACAUGCAGAAGCUCAUGUAAUCUUAAUGACAGCUGCAUAAAAUUUCUUUUAAAAAAAAUCAACAACCUGAAUGGAUUUUGAUCAGCUUCCUUCAAGAAAUUAAUGGCUACUUUAUAACAACACCCCUCCUCUUCCCCUUUUUUUAAAGAACACAAUAUCUUCCAACCAUUUUUUUAAGAACACAAUCUCUUCAACCUUUUUUUUUUAAGAAUACAAUCUCUUCAACCAUUUUUUUAAGAACACAAUCUCUUCAACCUUUUUUAUAAGAACACAAUCUCUUCAACCAUUUUUUUUAAGAACACAAUCUCUUCAACCUUUUUUUUUAAGAACACAAUCUCUUCAAACUUUUUUCCCCCAUUUCAGGAAGAGUAUGAGGAUUCACAGGGGAACAUCAUCAACAAAAAAAUGUACACACUUCUCAAGAAAGAAGGCAUCUUAUAAGUUCCACUUCUGUUUUUAUAUAAAUGUCUCUUUCCUGCCACAGUAAGCCGAGGAGCAUGGAGAAUUACUCAUAUUUUAGAAAAAUUGUUAGAUUACUGUGGAGAGGUUGAAAUCUUUUUUACGGUACUAAUGCAGAUGUGUCAGUCACCAACAUAUAAUUAAAAUGUUCACUUCACAUUUUUCAGAGCAUGACUUCAUGUUAGUCGUUAUUGUUGACUUGAAAUGUUCAUGCAAAAUGAAUUAACUGUUAAUGAGAAUAAAACUUUUAUUGGCUCUUAAAAGUAUUUGAUUUUUUUUUUUUAAUAUUA